UGCUCCCCGGCCGGGACCGAAAUCGACCUUGUGAGUCCCUCGCGGGCGAACCAGGCUACAACAGAUAGUAGGUGGGUGGUGUCCCAAGGUGCAACUCACCGCCGCGCUGGCUCAGCGUGGCGGUGAGGAUGCACAGACGGUGGUAGUGGCGAGAGGUGUAUGUGGACCUUGUCCCCGCGGCAGCAAUGCAAAGCGGCAAACUGCACCUGGUAACCACCGUCGCGGAAAACGUGGCCCACGAAGCUGGAGGAGCAGAGAGAUUCGUAAAAACCACGCGAGUAAGCACCGUUCGCGGGAGAAGGGAGAUAACCGCGGGCGACGCGGGGGGGGAGUGCUGCACCCUCCUCGUCCAAACACCACAGGCAAGCACCGAGCCCUGCAAAGAUGGAUCGAUGCGAAGAAACUCGCCGCUCGGAUUAAACGGAAGAAAACACCCCCCCAGCGCGAGGCGGACCGAGAGCGACAGGAGAUCGCAGCGGGCGUGAAGGCGACCGCGAAGAAGAAGGCGCGGGAGGGCGAUUUAUCGUUCGGCACGUUCAACGUACGCACGCUCGCCUACAGCGGCAGGAACCCCAUCGGCCACAACGUGAUGACGGUCAUGCAGAUCUGUGCCGCGACCGACUGUGAUGUGAUAGGACUCCAAGAGACCCGACGAGCGGGACAAGGCGCGAUUACACACGACGGGUACGUGAUCAUCUGGAGUGGUGCCCGUGCCGGCACCAAGGACAAGAGGGGCGUGCACGGUGUGGGCAUAGCGAUUAAGGAGACCAUGUGGGACAGCGUAGGCGAGGGAGGUAGGACGGUGGAGUGCAUUAGCCCGAGGCUGAUGAAGGUGCGCCUGCAAAUUGGCCGCACCUGCGGAGUAACUUUCGUGGUGGGGUACGCCCCUACGGAAACUGCCCGCAACACCGCGGGCGGUGAUGUCAAUGCCAAGGACUCCUUCUGGACUGCUCUCGACGCAGAGAUCCGGGAGGUCCAUAGCCGUGACCAUCUCGUGGUACUAAUGGACGCCAACGCACGUACUGGCAGGAGGCGAGACGGAUGCUGCGAUGCCAAGAUUAUGGGCGCGUACGGACGCGACAUUAUGAACAACAACGGGGAACGACUUCUCGGACUGGCAGCAGACAAUCGACUCUCCCUGAUCAACACCUACAUCCGGACACCGAAAGGAGUGCAUACGUUCCAGAGCUCCAACAAGGGGAAGGAGAAGCACCGCCUCGACUUCAUCCUCAUGCGACAGACGGACCGGCGUCUCGUACGUA